AUGGGGACUUUGAGCUCCCUGUGGUUGUUUUCCAAGAGGAUCGCGACCGGCGGCCUGAUCGGCCUCACCAUCUCCGACCGGUGGUUCAGUUUCUCCCCCGUGAAGGGCUUUUCAAUGCUUCCCACUCUUGUCCCAUUCACCGAGUCGUCCUUGAGAUCUCUAGGAGGUAAACUUCUUUCCCUGCCUUCCUGUCUCCCCGUUUCUCGGCGCACGCCAACGCCCACGCCCCCUCUCUUUGAUUCGGCUUGCUUUGUGCAUCUCGCUGAUUGUUUGUCCCCGAGGGAAUGUGUACGUCUUACCUCAUUCAUGGACUGAUGCUUUAUUGGCUAUUAGGGAACUGACCACGUUCUCCGACAGGUGAUGUAUUGCUGGUGGAGAAGUUAUGCCUCGAUAUGUACAAGUUCUCAAACGGGGAUGUGAUUAUUUUAAAGUAUGAAUGCUACUGCCCCCCCCCCGCGUUCUUCCUUCAGUCCGAUUUCUCAACUCCACUUUUCAUGUAGAAAUUCAGACGAGAAUGUCAUUGUUGUGGCACACACAUGCACAUAUGCGCUCACACUUUUUUCUGUUGAUCUUCGCCUCCCUGCUUUCUAAUCUUAUUGUAACUGGUUCUGUUCAGUUUUCUGUCCUCAUUAAUGCUAUAAUGUGUCUGGUUUUAUGACGGCACAUGGCUUUGCUUUCCAUGAAACUGCAGGUCCCCCACUGACCACAAGCAGAUGCUGGUGAAGAGGUUGAUUGCCUUGCCCGGUGACUGGAUCAGAGACCCAGCGUCACGUGAUAUAAUUAAAAUUCCAGAGGGACAUUGCUGGGUCGAGGGUGACAAUUCAGCUGCUAGUUUUGAUUCAAGAGCAUUUGGUUCAGUAAGUCAUUUUCAGCAUGUCAGCUUUUUGGGACUCUAUAGCACGAUAAACAUUUCCAAAUAAUUUUGCUCGUAUAACGGAUCUUUUUUUUAUGUUGAAGGCAUGUUGCAUGUGCUUUUGUUUGGGAAUAAGAUUAUUGAAAAUUACGAAUAGCUGUAGUAACUAACUGCAUGUGUUCUGCUUUUUUUUGAUGAAUUUUCCUCUAAGCAUCUCAUAGAUAUAAUGCGAAUAAGAUUAUUAUGCGGUUCUCUGUAGAUAAGCUGCGAGAUUAGACACUGAGUGUGUCCUUUACUAUAAAUUAAAGAAUAUUGCGUAAGCUUCGUUGGUAAUUAAUGUGUGAAGGGCAAUGUACAUUAGCCACGCGCUUAGAUUUUCUUCAUCGAUGUAGCAUCAGGUCAUCAUGCUAUUUUUUGGAAUGUUUUCCUUGCUUCGAAUGGGUUGAACUCGGGGAAGCGUUGUAAAAUUUUGUUGAGACAUGGCAGUAAAUGUAGUGCAUUCUCCAAGUUACAAGGCCGUGGACUUUGGUCAUAAGAUCAAAGUAUUAGACAAUGUAGGCAUAAGAACACAAUGUUUGAGACAUAAAAUUGGGGGCCAGAAUUUGAUUUUUCAGGCUUGGUGAGCAUUCUAAAGGCGAGUGAUGUUCUUAUGGCUCAAUCUAUAAGCUUGGAGAUAGAACAUCUGUCGUGUAUCCUCGAUUGAUGCGCUAAACUUCAUGGAAGAAGUGGUCAAAAGUAUACUAUUCCCCACGGAUAUGUUGUGGGUUUUUAUCUCUUAAAGAGUUGUUCCUAUUGCUUCGUGGGACAGCAAGAUUCCAGUUUUACAGUGAUAAAGUUUUUUUACACCGAAAUUCUUAGAUUUUGCCCUCCGCUAUUAAAUCAUGGAAAUAUCGGUUUUUCUUUUCCGCCCUUCUGAAUGGGAAUAAUUUAUGGAUCUUCAGCAGCGAAAGCCUACAUCUGCCGAUUUAUUUUAUUUCUUUCCCUUCUGAAUGUGACGUCAUCUUCUACUAGCUAAUAGUCUUGCUUUCCUCAUUCAAAAUUUCAGGCGCCUUUGCUUUGAAACAGUUUUCUUUCUAAUUCGUUUUUACUAUAUUUUUCAUCAUUUUUGCCAAUUAUCCAUCCAAAGCUUUCCAUAGGGAAAUCAUUUUUCAUUCCUCGUGAAAAGUGUGGAGACAACGAAUCAUUGGAUGAGGAUAAAGAAAACAAAGCAUAUGAUUAUAGUGUUGUAUGAGAUAGCUCACACGCACCUCACGAAGGGUCCAUAGCUGUAGAUGAUUCUCUGAAGGAUCCAUUGUUAAAGCUAUCUUGUGUUGUUGAUGAGUGGGGAUGAGAAUAACGUGUUAAAUUUUGUCAAUGAGCGCCUGAUGUUUAAAAAAAGUUUAAUUUUUUCACCUUUUUUCUGUUAUUGCUUGGAAACAAUUGAAACUUUUUUCGUUAAACCAGAUCCUUUCCUUGCGUUUUCUUGCAGGUUCCCUUGGGAUUAGUUAAGGGCAGAGUAACUCACGUAAUUUGGCCCCCACAAAGAGUGGGCAAAAUUGAGAGAAGGCUGCCUUCUGGGAAAAUUUCAUCUAUAUGA